GCUGCUCUCAGGAGCUCUGAUAGACGAGGCCAAACACCUGGGCAACCUGAGCUUCAACAUCUGGAACAAAAUGAAGAACGAGGUCUCCUACAGUCCUGUGAUCCUGGACCCAAAUACUGCUGAUGCAAACUUCGUCCUGUCUGAUGAGCUGACCUGUGUGAGACAAGCAAACAGAUGGGGAGAGCAACUGCAGCUUCCUGAUAAUCCCGAGAGGUUGGAUUGUGACUACAUGGGUGUCCUGGGCUCUGAGGGCUUUGACUCAGGGACUCACAGCUGGGAUGUCGAGGUUGGAAACAGUACAUUCUGGGAACUGGGUGUGUUGGCAGAGUCUGUCCAGAGGAAGGAAGACAUUCAGUCUGGAAUAUGGAGCAUAGUGUUCGAAGAAGGUGAAUACUCAGCACGGUCACCACCAGAUCCAGUCAAUGAUCUUGAGCUGAAGAAGCAGCCCCGGAGGGUCCGAGUGACUCUGGACUGGGAUGGAGGAAAGCUGUCGUUCUAUGAUCUUUGUACUAACACACACAUACACACCUUCACACACACUUUCACUGAGAGGCUGUUUCCAUUGUUUGACCAUGAGGAGACCAUGUUUGUUUUACCACUGAAGGUCUGUGUGACUGUAGAACAGACGAAUGAUUAUGGUGUUUAUAUGGCUCAUAAUGAUGAUGAUUAUGGUGGUUAUGAAGAUUAUGAUGGUAAUGAGGAUGAUGAUGAUGAUUAUGAUGAUUAUGAUUUCAUUAUGGGAUUUUAA